AUGACCAACGCCACAAAGAACCACCGGUGUGGCCGGUGCCGUCGCGAUUUCGCUCGCCUAGAGCACCUCCAACGUCAUGAGCGCUCGCAUACCAAGGAGAAGCCCUUCAAGUGCAAGCUUGCGACCAAUCCCUGGGCCAAACAAAGUCUUCUCGCAGGAUGGGAUGGGCUGGCUGACAAGACCUCUAGGGAUCUUCUUCGCCGGCACGACCGGUUGACGCACGAUAUGAACUCGGAGGCAGGAGAUGACGCUGCCCGUUUCGAGUCGGGCCAGGCGUCGCCGCAGGCGCAGACACAGCAGCUGCCGCCCGAGAUGCUCCUUGAGGAGUCCAUGUCAGACAUGCCCAUGAUGUCUAUACCAAACCACGACGCUGCCUCGUCGUGCGCGCCGAUUCCCAUGGUUGAUUUCGACAUGAACGAGAGCAACAUGGUCAUGGGCAACUACUUUGACGAUUUUGCGUCCUUUAUGGACAAUGUCCCCAUUCCCAACUCGGUCUUCUCGCCCUCAUACCAGCCUAUGUUCGCGUUCCUCCCGGGCAGUGCUGAUCCUGUAUCCUUUCAUGGCCACGCUGAGACUCUGCGUGAGGCGGAGCAGCCAUUCCCUCUAGGCGCACAGCAGCAAAAUCAUUCUUCAGCGGGCGAUUCUGCCUUGUCGGCAUAUGGAUCACGCUUACCGUCAUUGCAACCGGAGGACCGACCAGACUCGCCCUUUGCUCACCGGAAUAAUGAGCGGCAUCAGCAACAAUCCCGAAACUCGCAAAAAUCACAUCGCAACCGCAAUGGCUAUCCUGAAGUGUCCACGCAGGAUCGAGACAAGGCCAUGCAAGAGCUGGCAGGCUUCUCCUCGUGUCUGCCAGCCAAUCUCGUGCUCCCCACCAAGCACGCACUCUCACGCUUCGUCUCGGGCUACUUGAGCGUCUUCAACGACCACUAUCCGUUCCUCCAUACCCACACGCUGCGGUUGGGCGCCGUGCGGGUCGAGCUCUUCCUGGCCAUUGCAGCCGUCGGCGCUCGUUAUUCCCGCGAGCCUGAGGCCAGCAACGAGCUGUUCCACCUGGCCAAGGCGGUUGCGCAAGAGCGUCUACGAAGGACCCGCGAGUCCGGAACGGCAAGGGGAAGCGGCCCUGGUCUCGCAAGAAAAGGAGACGCAGGCGACACAUCAGAUGAUGCUCGAUCCGGCCAGAUUGAAACCAUGCAGGCGCUCGUCUUGCUCAUAGCUAUCGCAACGUGGUUCAAGAGGAGACCUGACAUGUACGAAGCGCUCUCCAUACGGAGCAUUCUCGACUCACUCGUCCGGGAAGACAAUCUUCAGCAUGAGCGAGUGAUCCGCCCGUCGGGCUGGAUGGAGUGGGUUCGCUAUGAGUCCCUCAAAAGGACCAAGCUGGUCAUUUUCUGCUUCUUCAACAUUCACUCCAUUGUGUUUGACAUGCCACCCAUGAUGCUGUCUGACCAGUUGCGUCAGGAUCUGCCCUGCGCCGAGAAUGAGUGGAAGGCCGGCAGCGAGCAAGAAUGGCUCGCCUGCCACGACGGCCAAAUCAUGCAAGAAGACUCCAAGACGGCCUUGGAGAGGCUAUUUGAGCCUCCAGAAGCCGAUCGGGCCUUGGUAUCACUGUUUCCGCCAAACGGUGGCUCUCCCAGCUCGGGGUUCUCCCCCCUGGGGGGGUGUGUCCUGAUCCAUGCCAUCAUUCAACGGAUCUGGCUAGUGAGAAAUUCGGGCUUCUACAGUGGUCAUGCGAGCCAGCAGCUGUCGCCUGAUAUAAUGAGCACUUUUGAGCGAGCCCUCAAGUCUUGGUCAUCGUGCUGGGAGUCCGGACUGGAGUCUUCCAUGGACCCCCUGAGCCCCCACGGCCCUCUUUCAUUCACGUCAACAGCACUGCUCCGCCUUGCCUACAUCCGUAUUAACAUGGACCUUGGCCCGAUCCGCUCGCUGGACUCGUGGGACCCCAGCAUCAUCGCGCGGUCACUCGACAGCAGCCCUCCAGCGCAGCGGAGCCACCGGCUCACACGGGCUGCCCUGCACUGCGCACACGCACUGAGCAUCCCGGUCAAGCUCGGCAUCAACUACGUGGCCCAGACUCAGGUGGUGUACUGGUCCAACCAACACGCAUUGUGCUCCCUCGAGUGCGCCGUCUUGCUGGCCAAGUGGCUCGAGGCGGUCACCGUGCCGGAGCCGGACCCGCCCCUCAACCCGGCCGAAAGGCGCAUGCUGGACUUUGUGGUCCAGCUGGUGGCUGAAACUCACUACAAGGGCCAGGCAGAUAGGGCUCUCCAAGACAAGUGCUCCCUAUCCUCGACGGUGGUCCGGUUGUGGGCUUCUCUGUACAAGGCAGAGAGCGUAUGGGAAAUGGUGGACUUGAUUGCCCGCUCACUGAACGCGUUUGCCGAUCUGUUGGAGACGCGGAGCCGUGCCUCGGAAGCUCCCGCUUGA